AUGUCUGUAAACAAGUACAGAGCACAACAGUUAAAUAAACACAUUUCAAUUAAAACGCCUUACAAUAAACAUAAGAGGACCAAGAAAUGGUACGGUACAGAGGACCCAAGCAAACUACCACCGUUCAACUGGAUUGCAACUGCCAAGAUUUACAACCACAAUUACGAAAAGGUACCAAUAGAAUGGUUGCUGGACAGUACUAAUAUCCUGGUACUAUACUUCUCCAUGCGAGACAGCGAUAGGAGUGACAAUAUCAUGUCACAAUUCUACGAAUUCUAUGAAAACGCGAGAUUUAAGAAUCUGCCCAUAGAAGUUAUCAAUGUACCCAUGGAUGAAACCAGAGAGGACAUGUGCAUCAGUUAUGCGGAACAAGCUAACUGGUUCACUCUCUUGUUUGGUGACCCUAUUAGAAUCACUCUUCAGUACAAACAUGGGGUCACAUCUGUUCCUCACCUUGUAGUAACACGUCCAGAUGGCUCCAUGGUCUCCAGUCAUGGAAUUUUGGACCUUGACGAGUUUGGAAGAAACGCAUUAAUUGCUUGGCUAUCAGUAGCAGCACAUACCAAGCAAUCUAAGAAAUUGAGUAAAGAAACGAAGAUGUAUGGACCGAAAUGGAAUUAUUUGAACGCAGGAGUCGGGAAGGCGAAGAAGCCUUACUAUAAAAGACAUUUUAGUACAGGAGGGCACACCCCUUCUACGGUUUUAGAUGUAAAUGACGUAAAUACGUUAGUGGAAAAGGCUUUAAAAGCUAAGGAAAAGCAAGAUAAAGAAGAGCAAAAUAUAUGA